CCCACCACCUCCCCGCAUCAGCUGUGACGAGAUGAGCCGCCGCCGCCGCCCAUGCUCGCCGCCGCCGCCGCCCGCGCCGGUGCCGCCGCUGGAGGACGACAACCUGCUCUCCGAGAUACUCCUCCGCCUCCCGCCAGACCCGUCCUCCCUCCCUCGCGCCUCCCUCGUCUCCAAGCGCUGGCUCGGCCUCGUCUCCGACCCCGGCUUCUCUCGCCGCUUCCGCCUCCACCACCGCCACAACCCUCCUCUCCUUGGUUUCUUCGAGGGCUUCCGUUUCCAUCCUACGAUGGAUCCCCCCAAUCGUGUCCCGGAUGGCUACUUCUCCGUGCGCAUCGACACCGGCGGCAUGUUCAGGAAUCUUGGAUCCCGCCAUGGCCUCCUACUCCACUUCCACGGAACAGGGAACCAGCUCCUGGUGUGGGACCCCUUCAACGUCGCCCAGCACCGCGUAGCCGUUCCCCCAGGGUUCGAUGAGAAGAAGACCUUUAUCGGUGGGGCGGUGUAUCGCGCCGCCGGAGAGAUCCAACACUUCCAAGUGGUCUUGGUAAGCGCAGAGACAGACGAGCUUCAGCAUAGACAGGUCAUCGCCCGCGUUUACUCGUCGGAGACUGGCGCAUGGGGUGAUCGCAUCUCAACACCAUAUCCAUCCAGACUUCCCAGCAAGAAUUGUAUGGGCUUUACUCUGAGUGUGCUAGUUGGGCAUUCCCUUUACUGGUUGUUCGUGGACAUAUCGACUGGCAGAGUGGAUGGCAUAGUUGAGUUUGAUUUGGAGAUGCAGAUCCUAGCUGUGAAACCGGUGCCAGUCGAUAUUGCCAAGGAAAAACAGGGCAAAUUCCAGGUUAUGCGGGCAGAGGGCGGUGGCCUUGGUAUUCUCUUUCUGUUUAAAUUCAGCGCCCAGUUAUGGAAGAUGGAGACCGAUUCUGAUGGUGUUGCAUCAUGGGUGCUGGGAAGAACCGUUGAACUGGACAAGCUACUCCCCCUGGGUCUAGAAGAGGAAGAGAACUCAGAAGAGGAGUGCUCAGAAGUGGAAGAUAACGAUUUCCCAUUCCCAGGUAUACAAGGGUUUGCUGAAUACAAUAAUGUGGUUUUCCUGUGGACACAUAUCCACAACUUCACAGUCCAGCUUGAGUCACUGCAGUUCAAGAAAGUGUCCAAAAUACACAUGUUGGCUCGCUAUUAUCCAUUUGAAAGUGCCUAUGCUGCAGGCACGGGCGUUGGUGGUGGACAUGAUGGAGCUAAACUUUUGCACAAUACCUAAGAUGAUUGGUCAGAUGGAUAUGCUAUUGUGAUGUAUUAAUAGAGUAGCAAGGGGUGCAGAGAUGGGCGUAGGCUCUUCUGUUCCGUGUGGCUGAGAUGCAGAAAUGGCUCGUUUGGCUGCGACCAUUUGGUGUGGUCCCUCUUCGUACUACUCGCAGCGCACACAGGUGAACUGAACUGUGCAGACAGUGGGCUUGUAGGAAUUUAAUCGCCUAAGUUGCUGACUAGCGUCUAUUAUUAUGCUGAAACUUUUAUCGGGUCCUGGCUAAUGAGUGUUGGAUGUUGAACUGUAACUGCCUUCCUGAUGCUGCUUUCCUUCUUCCUUUUCUUUGAUGAUGAGAUGCGGCUACUAGAGUAUUGGUUGAGUUGGCUUCUGAACUGAAGAUACAAGAUAGUCUGCUUUGUGUUGCCA